CCUGCGCCUCGCGCUCCGGCGGGCGGAAUUAUGGAUCCAAGCUUACUGAGAGAGCGAGAGCUGUUCAAAAAGCGUGCCCUCUCCACGCCAGCGGUAGAAAAACGUCCAGCGCCAUCUUCUGACUCCUCUUCCAAAAAGAAGAAAGCAAAGGUAGAACAAGGGGGCUCCUCAAGCUCCAAGCAAAACACAGAUCACAGCAAUGGAUCAUUUAACUUGAAAGCCCUUUCAGGAGGCUCUGGCUACAAGUUUGGAGUCCUUGCUAAAAUAGUGAAUUAUAUGAAGACUCGGCACCAGCGGGGUGACACACAUCCCUUGACCUUAGAAGAGAUCUUGGAUGAAACACAGCAUUUAGAUAUUGGACUCAAACAGAAGCAAUGGUUAAUGAGUGAGGCUCUUGUCAACAAUCCCAAAAUAGAAGUGGUAGAUGGGAAGUAUGCUUUCAAACCCAAGUACAACUUGAAAGAUAAAAAGGCUCUGCUCAGGCUCUUGGACAAGCAUGACCAGCGAGGGCUGGGAGGAAUCCUCUUAGAAGAUAUUGAAGAAGGACUGCCCAAUGCACAGAAAGCUAUAAAGGCUUUAGGGGACCAGAUCAUCUUUGUCAAUCGCCCUGAUAAGAAGAAAAUUCUUUUCUACAAUGACAAGAGCUGCCAGUUCACUGUGGAUGAAGAAUUUCAGAAGCUGUGGAGGAGCAUUCCCGUGGAUUCUAUGGAUGAGGAGAAAAUUGAAGAGUAUCUGAAACGACAGGGGAUUUCUUCCAUGCAAGAAACUGGACCAAAGAAAAUAGCUCCCAUUCAGAGGAGGAAGAAACCAGCUUCCCAGAAGAAACGUCGGUUUAAGACUCACAAUGACCACUUGGCUGGAGUAUUAAAAGAUUAUUCUGAUGUCGUUCCUGGCAAGCAGUGACCGGCUGAAUUCUGGAGCA